CAAGUGGCAACAUUCUCCAUCCUGCGGUCGAUACGGCAAGACUGAGCUGCUCGAGUGUUGUGUGUGUGCGUGUGUAUUUGGUGGAUGUGCAGCACAGAGAUUCAUCGGUGACUUACUGAAGGUUACUGAUCGUUCGACUGACUCGCCUCCUGCGCUGCACACCUUAAGUCUCAAGCCCCGAGGUGGUGCUCUUGGGCACUGAGCCACUGCUGCUUGUUGGUGUUUUCCUCGUUUUUAAAUAAGUCGUUUUCCAGUGGCGAUCGACAGAGGAAUCGUGUGUGUGAACUUCUGAGUAGAGCAUCAAGCAACACAAGGAGUCAUGCCGGUGGUGUUCAAGACGGACGAGAAGGAGAAGGAGGGCGAGGAAGCUGCUGGUAGGAGCGACGGCGAAGACAUGUCUCGCCUCGUCAAACAAGUAAGCAUCGAGAGUCCCACACAUAAGCUGAAGGAAUGCAUCUUCAACUUCGAGACCCCGAUGCCAGACACGCCCCCAGCUGGCGCCAGAGUGAAGGUUCGUAAUGCUGGUGUGUGCUAUCGCCUGAGGUCAGCUUCUUCCUCAUCCUCCAUCAAAUCAGUAGAGGCCCUCCACUGUGGAUCACCCCUACAUCAUUCAGUUAGAGAUACCUCACUUUUCCCUGGAUAUGAGGUGGCUGGGACAGUGGAUGCACUUGGUGAAGAAGUGGGAGAGACAGAUUUGCAGCCUGGAGACAGAGUUAUUGUGUAUCCCUACGAAGGCCAUCCCCCAGGGUAUGCUGAAUACAUAGCAGUACCAGAAGUACAGUACUUGAUCAAGGUGCCUGAGAACAUGAGCCUCAGCACAGCUGCCAUGCUGCCUUCAGGUGCACUGUGGGCCAUGAACACUGUCUUCAGUGCCCAUAAGCAUGUGGAGAAGGUCCUGGCAGAGAAGGGAGAGACAGGUCAGUGCAAGCUGCUGUUGGUGGGGACUGGAGGGCUGGCUCUGUGGGCCAUGAGAAUUGCCCGUUUCUACUGGCCAGAAAAGAGGGAACGCAUCAUUAUUAAUGUGGCAUGUCUCCGUGAUGAAGGAAUAUCUAUUGCACACGAGUAUUUGAAGGUCAAUGUGGUGCAGUGGAAUGAGGAUCUGUAUGAGGAACAGCUGGUGGAGCGCACUAAGGAUGCAUGUGGAGGAUAUGUGGAUAUUGUCAUCGACUUCAGUGCUACCUCAAGGUCCAUUCGUCGUGCCCUCAAAUGCCUAGCCCCUGAUGGUGUGCUGCUACUAAGCUCAGAGCAUUCUGAGGGUCUCAUUUCCCGCUUUGGGCCAGUGGCAGAGAAAGAGAACCACCACCUCAUCCCCAUUGAGUUUGGAACACUGAACCAACUGAGGAAUCUAGUGCACCUUGUGUCCACAGGCGAGAUUGAGCCUCCCCCUCACACCAUAUUCUCAGCUGACCAGGCCAAUGAAGCACUAGCCAAAAUUGGUCGAGGCAUCAUCCCUGGACGAGCUAUUCUUGAGUUCCCAGAUGAGGAGUCUGAGGAGUAGAUUCCUGGACAAACUUCAUCCCCUAUGCUAUGCCUGAGUGAUCAAAGGCAGGCUGUGGUGCAUAAUUCCAAGAGCCUCCUGGAGAGGUGUUGUGUGGGUUCAAGUCACUUCAACUGGCAGUCGUGUAGUUUGUACAGACCCAAAACACUUGCUGCAACCUUGAUCAUCUUUGUCUGUGCUCUCAGGGGAAGAGAGGAAAGGAAAUAUUGUGUAGUUAUGAUGAUGUGGCUUUAGAGCUUUCCAUAUCUUUUUCGACUUCUGUUGUCACCGAAGUUCUCACACACUACCAGCCAACACUGUCUCCUAUGUGAGGUGGGUGAAUGUGAAAAUUCCUGACGUCAGCUCAACAUAAGUCCUCAAUUUAGGCUGUUAAAGUUUUUUUCUUUCUUUCUUUUAAGUUUGAGUGAAAAAUACUGUAAAAGAAAGAUCUUCCUGUAAUAUGCUUAUACAAAUCUAGAGUAAGUCCACUAAAUCAGAAUAAGGAUGACAUAUGCAAACAUAAAAAUGUCAAACAGCAGUAUGUAUUGAAGACUUAUGCAUCAGUGGUUGGCUUUUUUCAGCAUUUUAUGCUUUAGGAGAGGAAAGCCUAGUCCCUAACUCUGUCAGACACUGCCGAGCAGGUCAUCAUUUGUCAUAAUUUUACUUUUGAUACUCAGGUUGUAUCUGAAGGAUAAUCUUUCCUUCCUCACCAUUACAUUUAACAUUCCAGCAUUGCUGCAGAGGUAUGCCAACAGGAAUGUCUGUACAGAGCCAGAUAUAAUUACUUUUUACAAGAUAUAUACUAUAAAUAAAGAGGGAGAGAGAUACCCUCUCGAGUGGCUUAUAGAAUUGUUACUGUUUUAUCUAAUUUUUACUUAAAAGAAUAACUUAUGUACAUAGAAAGAAAAUGUAUGGUCUAUAAUUUUUUUCAUACUAGACCAUAAUUAUUUAUAAUUUAUGAAGGCUGUGAUAGCAAGGUACUGCUGUCCCUCCUGACUAUCAACAUCACCGUCAGCUCUUCUGUCAUCCACAGCUGUACCACGUGCAUCAGUAACAACAAAAACAUCAAAUGUGUGGUAGACUGUCAGUGCCAAUAUAUUCUUUUAUGUAUUAUUAGAGAGAGAGAGAGAGAGGAGAGAGAGAGAGAGAGAGAGAGAGAGAGAGAGAGAGAGAGAGAGAGAGAGAGAGAGAGAGAGAGAGAGAGAGAGAGAGAGAGAGAGACUUGGCACAACAAUAAAGACAUACCCAAGAGAUAACAUAGCUGUUGAUCGUACACUCAUGAACACACCUUCACUCAUUAUCUUCUGUACAUAACUAAAGUUCCAAAUUGUGAAUCCAAUAAUCUUGUUUGUUGGAUGUAUCAAAGUUAAGUGUCAAGACUGUACUGCUGUUCAAACUUUUUUCUAACUUUUUUUUCAGCAGAUUAAAUGUCAAAAUUGUAAUUCAACAUUCAGUUUCAUUUUUUUUUUUUUUACUUAAAAUAUCAAUGUCAAAAUGGCAUUACACACUUGAUUUAACUUCAUCUGAUAAAUGUGAAACCUGUAUUGUUGUGGUCUUUUACAACUUUGCGUAACAAAUUUUUCUUUAACUUGUUGGUACUGUCCAUGAGGACCAGCCAGGGCUGCAGCUUGUUCUGCUUUGGGGUCUGAAUGUCCCAAAAACUGAUGUUUUAUAUCAGUAAUGGCAUCUGUCUUCCUUAUGGCAUUCAUUAGUUAACUUCUGGCCCACCCAUCCCUCAAGCUGCCACACAAGCACUGUCCUGGCAUUUUGGCUGAAAGCAAGCUUUGUGGUUAUUCUGUCAGGCUUUCAGGAUCUCACUACAUAUUUUCUUGUGUAAUUUCUUUUACUAUUUUUCAGUGUUAUUAAUAUUUCUUUCACAUUCUUAUUACUACAAUCUCAUGAGCAGAGCUGUUUCUAGUCCCUCUACCUAUUUUCCCCAUGCAAUUAUUUCCUCUUGGUAAUGGUAGGAGUGCUGUGGCAAUGGUGCUUAUGCUGUGCUGAUCACCUGCAGUAGGCCAAGCACCUGCUUCAGUAUUAACAGGUGCUCUUCACAGGCUUCCUAGAGCCCUAUCACAUCUUAGGCUGAUUGCAGGUGCUUAAUGUGUAGCAGAUGAUAAUCUUGUUUUUUGUUUGUUUUUUCUCCCUUCCAUCCCAAAUGUGUUUAUCCCUUAUGUGAGUGAGGACUGUGAGAGAGAGAUCACAGGCAGCAGCUGUAGACUCCUGAGAUUGUUCUCUGAUGACAGGUCAGGAUUGGGGAAGAUGUUUCAGGUAGCAACAAAAUUCAGCUGUGUACUAUUGUAGUGUCCACUGUUGUACACUUCAUGUAAAUAGCUUCUGUCACACCAGGAGUAUCCUUGUUUUCAAGAUAAAAGAGCUAUAUACAUAUGUGUAUAAUUUCAUAUGUAUACUGAGAUAUGUGACUAGAAAGAGUAACUAGUAUUGUGAAUGUGCAUAUAUUUCAGGUGUAUUUUAAAGCUAUGAGUAUACAAAACUGUAAUCAUUAAAGAUAUAAUGUUAUGGUC